AUGUUCUCCACACAGCCAAACGGAGCUGAUAGUGGCACAAUCAAUCCCGCUGCCCUCAACACCCCUGACCCAUUGAACCCGAGGUCCCGCGGCGUCAAGCGGAGCCGGUCGCCCGAGAACUACCAGGGGCCUACUCCUGGGGAUGCCGGUAGUGAUUCCAAUCCAAGAAAACGAGGAAGACCAAUGAAGUCCAGGCCUGUUGGGAGCCUGUCGGAGUCUGCCGGUCAGGCUCCGGUCGCCAACGUGCACCCGGCUGUCGGCCCUCCGCACACCCCGCACAAUCCCAACGCUCCCUUGCCAGGCCAGCCCGUUGCAUACGCGCCUACUCAAACGUCGCCUCCUCCACCUAAGCCCACGCCGACGAAGACGCCUACCUUGAAGGCCCUGCCGACCGUUCGGGAUCACACGACCGACCAGCUGAACACUGCGGGUGAUGAAUAUCUUCCGCGUGAGAUUGAUGAGUUUGGGGAGAAGAAGGUAAUGCCAAAUGGGCAGUUGCUCGGCGGGCGGACCUACCGCUGCAGGACUUUCCACGUCCCAAACCGCGGCGACAAGCUGUUCAUGCUCGCCACCGAGUGCGCUCGCGUUCUAGGCUAUCGCGACUCGUACCUGCUGUUCAAUAAGAAUCGGUCUCUGUUUAAGAUCAUCGCGAGUCAACCCGAAAAAGAUGAUCUUGUUAGCCAGGAAAUCUUGCCGUUUUCAUACAGGUCUAGGCAGAUUGCCAUCGUUACGGCGCGGUCCAUGUUCCGGCAGUUUGGUAGUCGCGUCAUCGAGAACGGCCGGAGAGUUCGUGACGACUAUUGGGAGACGAAAGCCCGCAAGCAAGGUUUCACGGAAGCCGACCCCGCCGGGGAGAAACGCCCAGGCCAGGCCAAGGCAAGAGAAGCCGCCGAAGCGCAACAACAAGCCCUGAUGGGAGGCCCUCAGGGCGAGAUAGUUUACAGCAACGCGCCGGCGCAAUUUCCUGGGGCUCCUCCGCAGCCCCAGAUGGUCCAACCAGGUAUGCUUGGAGCGCCGACGACGGGUAACACGCCGAGGAUGCCCAUGAUAACACUAGGUUCAGACCUCAAUGAUACCCGAGCCCGGGACUAUAGCAGCGUCAACCUCAAGGGCGGUCCUCGACAGGAGAUGACUGGCCCCCCGUACCAAGACCAGACCAGGCCCACUCCGCAAGGCGAGGUUAACGCCCAGGCACACCACGCUGCUGAGUACAACCGGGUCAUUAACCAACAACGGGAUAUGCGCCAUAAUUACGUCCAGGACAUUUGGAGGCGUCCUCAUGAGCAGCCUCAGACGACAAGCCUGAACCACAUCAUGGGCACGUCCGAAGCUCCCGUCCCCACGAGUCGUGCCGCCGCCCAGUCGCCGCACGCGGCGGCUGGUGGAAUGCCCCAGCCUGGACUGGUCCCCAACCAAAGCCCUCAGCAGCUCUUGAUGUCGAAUCCCUCCUCCUAUUCCCAGUCGACACAUGCGCAGAGCCCAAUCAGUCAAGCUCCAAUGAGAGGUAUGACACGAAAUUCACCCUCGAUGAACAACAGACCAACGUCGUCGUUAGGCUCGGGAAGUCAGCAGCAAGGUGGUCAAAAUUAUCACUAUCCUGGAAGCUCCGGACAGAUGUGGUCGCAGACGGCUCAGACGCCACAGCAGAGCUACUCGGGCUACACGACACAAGCUCAGCAGUCCCAUCCGCAGCAGUCGCCUGCCCCUCAGCUGCGCCAUUCCACCAGCGGAGUGCAACCCGGCAUGCAGUUUUCGGGCAUGCCCGGCAUGAACCAAAGCUACAGUUCGAGUCAGGGAAUGUACUCGACCGACCAGACACCACGCCAGUACAUGCCUCAGCCUAACACUGGCGCGCCGGCCGUCACCCAAGCCUGGUCCAACCAGCAGUCGCCCCCUGCGCAGUGGUGGGCUAACCAACCUCAGUAA